AUGGCAGAAUAUUUUUUUAUACAAAGAGUACAAAGAGGUACAUUCUAUACAAACUAUCAAAAUUGCAAAGCUGGAGGUGAACAUAUCGAUCGUAUGUUGAUGAUAGAGAGAAUCGAGAAAAAGACACCAAACUCUCUGCAAUUCACUAUUCCCAUCUUGCAAGAUGGAACUUCAAACGAACAGAUGAUGCCAUUCAACGCAGAGGCCAAGCAUGAUUUAUUACAGAGUGUUACAGAGGGUGACAUUGCAGAGCUAAAUCUCCAUCUGACCCCCGAUGGUAAAUUAACUGUUGCAGGUUUAAAGAAUUUCAAAGAUAAAUUCAAUUUGGAACAAUAUCAUACUGUUAUGCCACUUGCUGAGACCGAUUCAACACUAUUCCCAAACUAUGAUAUGGUCUCUUUGUACAACGAACAAAAGAAACAACAGCAACAACAACAACAGCAACAGGGUGGAGAUGAUUCAUAA